CUAGAAGAAAAAGUACAAUUCAUUGAAAACGUAUAUCCAAUGGCUCAACACAGUUUAACAUUCAACGACAUUUUGGCCAAGAAUGUUCGGCACGUGUACAGUGGUCUGCCUACUGAAAUCAGGUUUCGCCGACCGAAACACCAACACGCACUGGAGCUGCACCAACGGAUCUACGAGGAACAAACCCGUCCACCGGACCGCUUCCAGCUGAGGGUUCAAGAAUACCUUCCCCGGUUCAACAUCUCUCUCCCCAGAGCCCCGGCCUUCCGCCAGGUGAGCCAGUCGGAGAUGAAAGACAUCGUGUUUCGCGUGAGCAAGCCCACGAACAGCUCGAGGAAGCCGUGCCACACGUGUCACCGUGAAAUCGCCAGACAGUAUGAAGACAACUGUAUUCUGUGCGAGAUGAACACCUUCAAGCACUCGGCGAGUCGUGCGGAAAUCAGAGGGAUAGUAUCGAGACUUUCCCGCCAGACACAGAGCAGCAUAAGACGAAGUAUUCUCCGCACCAUGAAUCCCGACCCGAUGACGAGCGUUCGACCGUGUACGGCUCAGGAGCGGCUGGUGAGGCCAACGGGGACCAUUGACUGUUGUAUUCCGUGUCAGAUUCUGCACGACACCCACUGGCGAAAAAGACCGCGUUCUUCACUACGAUGAAUGGUGUCUGAAUUGUGACUUUAAACACAGUAAUUCUUGAAGCAUGCGGCGAUGCCAGUCAGUUUCGAUGGAAUUUGAUCAAGUUCGUGCGGGUGAGGAUGAGAGCCCUCAGAUCCCUCUACAUGGCUGCGUUUGCUUACACACCAAAACUUCCACAAUUCAGCAUGACUAUAUGUUGCUUCGCGGUGUGGUUUCCACGCGAACAUUCCUCGGCAGUGUGAACCCUUAGCGGUGCUGAAACCAUUGCGGUUUUCGUCGCGGUAUCGGUGCGGUUUUGGUGUGAACAGA